AAGAAGAACAUAUUACUGAUGAAUUAUUUAUACAUAUGCAAAUGUAUUUACUUGGGGAUUUAAUUGAUGAGUGAUUAAUCGAUAAACCACACUUGUAGGCUGUGAUUGAUUAAAAAAUAAUUGAUCGAUUAAUCUUGUGCGGUAUCAGAAAACUGCCUGAACAAGAAAUCUUGAAAAAUGGCAGAGGGUACUUAUUGGAAGAUAUAAUCAAUAUUUCACAAUAUCUCAGAAUGAAGAAGAAAAGACUGCAACUUGCAACAUUUGCUCAUCGGUGCUUUCCUUUCACCGCAGUGCUACAAGUUUACCAUAUCAUCUCAGUCGCAAGAUCUCAAAGCAAUUACACGUCUGAGUAUCUGAGUAACUCCUCAGAGGCCACUACGGCUCCAACAAACACAGCAAACCAAACUGAAGCUCCGGUCACCUUAUUCCGAUUAUUUGGUGGUGAUAGCCCUUGUUCUGGGAGCCUGCAGGUAUUUUAUAAUGAAACAUGGGUUCCAGCAGAAGUCACCCCAGUUUGGAAUAUCAGUGAAGCAACCUUAGUCUGUGAAAAACUGGACUGUGGAAAAGCUUUUGAUGUUCAACCACUUCAAAAUCCCAAUUCUCAAAUGCAACACUCCCAAUACAAUUCAGGACUGCUUGAGUGUAACUUUGGGGGUCCAGAUUUGUUUAACUGCACAGAAGCUCAGAAAGGUUAUUACAUUAAUAGGACGAAUGUCAUCUGCAGAGGUCACCGAGCUGUGCGAUUGGCUGGAGGUAGAGAUGCUUGUGCUGGAAGAGUGGAGGUCUGGGAGGAGGGGUUUUGGGGCACUGUGUGUGACGAUUGGUGGGACAUGAAGGAUGGCAAUGUGGCCUGUGCACAGGUGGGCUGCGGAUUUGCUGUGGAAGUGCUGUCGGACGGGGCACGCCAGUUUGGAAAUGGGCACGGUCCUAUUCUGAUGGAUGAUGUGAACUGUACAGGGACAGAGAGAUUUCUGUGGGAGUGUCCAGUUCUGAAACACAGCGGGGACUGUGGGCACAAAGAGGACGCUGGGGUCAUAUGUUCAGAGCACAAGGCAGUACGCUUGAGCGGUGGCUUGGACAGGUGUUCUGGCAGAGUGGAAAUCCACCGCAAUGGGUCAUGGGGAACAGUCUGUGACAGUGUGUGGGGAGAAGAUGAGGGGAGAGUGGUGUGCUCCAUGCUGGGCUGUGGGGACCAAGUGCAGGUCAGCGGUUUUUACAACACCUUCAAACACAACACAACUCUAAAAUGGUUCUAUCAGUGUACUACAAAUGUUCGUAGUCUUUGGGACUGCAAGGAAUUCGCCAAUAACCCACACCUCUGCAAGAAAUCAUCUGCAGCCGCAGUUGUGUGCAGCAAAUCUCUUGGACUUCCUCACAUCACAGUCACUGCAGAAGAAGCAUGGACCACCGGCACCCCAACAUCUGCUUUUAUUUUAAUAGAAAAGACAGGUUUUCUUGUCCCUCUAUCAGUUCUGGGCUGUUUUGUGCUGUCACUUUUUCUGCUGCUGGUGAUGAUUCUUUAUGCUGUGCAAUUCUGUAAAUACAAGAAAAGAGACAUGAUGUCAGUUCAGCAGACCAAUUCUAACAUCAUAAAUGAGAAGAAUGAUUACCAAGAUGAUGUCAAUCUCAUUAAAGUUACAACAAACAACGGCAAUGUAAAUCCUAAAUUGGAAGCCACUCAGCUUGUUAAUGAUGAUUCCUCAUUUGAAGCUGAUUAUGAGGACUAUGAUUUCAGUGUAGAACCUGCUGCCACCAUGUCCACCUUUCAAAAUUCCCUUCGAAACAGAACAGACAACAGAAGCCCUAGGAUGAGUACUAUCCCAAUGACUACCCUAGCAGAAGAAGAAUUCCAGUAUAAUCCCAACACUCCCAUAUACAGUGACCCUCUAAUUUUGAAUGAAGAGUUCUCCAGCACAUCUUCAGGAGAAAGCUACCAGAAUAACGAGGCUGUGAACUAUAACACACAAUCUGUUGAGGAUUUCAGCAGAUCCUCAGAUUGCACUCCUAAAUCAUACAUGGUUGAAGAUGGUGUGUCUUCCCAGGGUGAUAAAGAUGUGCCCAGUCCAGUGUGGCAACUGCCCCCCUCCCAGUCUGAAACCACCAUGCCCCAACCACACCACUGGGACCAGUUACACAAUCAACCCAUUGACAACACGGCAGACUCCUCCAGCACAUCAUCAGGAGAAUGCUAUGAGAAUGUUGGCAGACUUAACUCCAAGCCGCAAACUAUAGGUGUCUCUGAGAAUCAUCAAGGCAAUGUUUGUCAAGAUUUCUCAUCAAACAGCGAUUAUGAUGACAUUGCAAACUACUGCCAUUGAUGCAGAGCUGUAAUUCACUCUGGGCAUUCCUUCCAUUCGCCACAAGCCAUUUCGGAAUAUAAAUGCAGACAGAUAUCUCUCCAACUGAGUGACCAGGCUACUGCCUUUUUUAAUCAGGGGGUGCUCAGGUUUGGAUGGCAUCACACAGCCAAGAAACUGUGCAGCAUGUAUAUUAUGGUUUCAAAAAUAUGCACUGCAGUUUGUAUUGCUUAAUUGACCAUCCUUUAAUGCAUGAAAACAUGUGGCCAUUGAAUCAAUAAGGGUGUGAAUCCCACCUUCAGCUGGCAGAUGUCAAAGAGAACGUUUUUGAUUUGUAGUUGCCUGUCAGGAUGGUUCCAUAAGCACUUUUCUAUAUUAUUUCCCUGAUAAACAAGAAAUAGCCUUCAGUUAUGAAACAGUUGGAAGAUAUCUGCAAAGAGAAGCAUCCAAAAGACAUCCCCAGUGCAGUCAGAACUUCACUUUGCACAGGUACCAGAUAAAAAUUCAACAAAACCACUUUAAUAAUCACAAAUACAAUAAUGGUUUCGUUGUUAGACAUUUUUCUUAUGUGCUACAAGGGUACAUUCAAUGCAAAUUCAGACAUGCAAGUCAUAGGCUACAUGACAACUGACAAAAAUACAGGUAGCAUGCCAUAAUUGUGGCGCUACUGUUCCUGAAAAAAGUUUACCGUCCUUUUAUUUUGACAAGGGUUUCCAACAAACUUCUAAGUGCCGUGCCAGAAGGUGUCAUUUUAUGGUAAUUAAGGAGGAGCUAUGCUAAUAUUUACAUUUGAAGUACCGCUCAUUAUAAGAACCGUACGAUUAAUUAAACGUGCAUUGUAUUAAAACAACGUUGCAAGGUGAUAGAUUGAUAUUACAGAAACUUUUAUUUUACUUACCUAAUCAUGGCCAUCUCGGUUUACAACAGGUGGAACUGGAUUGUUCUCCUUCUCACCCUUGCUUUUUUUUUCCUGUUUUCGAGGAUGGUUAGAAAAGUAAUUCUUUUUGCUACUACUGAUUUCAUUGAAGCUUACUUUUUGAACUACAUACUAUUAAUAUCUGUUUCAUGCGGUUACUCCUCCUCAUCAAUGAGAUGUUUUGUUUCAAGUUAAAACAAAAAAUGUCUAGUAAAACAUAACAGGAUUCUUAACUCCAAAUCAAUUGAGAGGAUUUAACUACUAUACUUCUAAAACAAGAAGUUCCUUUGUAUAAAAUAGUUUAACAGCAGGAUUUGAGGUUAUGAUUUAUGGACCAUAAGCUCAGGUUUUAUGUAUUGAGCUACACAGAGAUUUCGGCUUGCUGCUCAGAUUUCACUGGUUCACCAGUGACAGUUGGUAGGGGUGUAGAUCAACUACAUAUUACAUUUUCCAUUUAUAUUUAGAAAUAGAAAUGUACAGUAUAAACAGGUGAAUCUGUUUUGAGAUUAUUAUUCAUACAAGUCUGUUAUGAAAUUCCUGAGAAUACAUUUUUGAUAAUUUUGGGCAGCACUGAUGUACUGUAGCUCUGUCACCUUUCUCUGGCUGGCAUACUUUCUUGUUGUUGUAUAUAUAGAGUUUCAUUGGCCCUUAAAAGUAUUUCUUCUGAAAAUGUCCAAUAAGCAUUACUUAACACAAGACUUAUAAUGGGAUUACAGGAGAUAAGGAAGUGUUUUGCUUUUGUUGGCGACAGUAAAUAAGUGGCCUUUGCUACUGUACCCUGUCCCAACAGACUGCGCUCAACCAAGUAUUUCCAAGGCAUGUUGCCAACACAAUACCAAAUCUAUGUAAACAAGAAAUCAAGAUUCACCUUUUAAAGUCAUUUUAUUAAACAUACACAUUUAGA